CUGAGACUGAUAAGGAAUGAAUCAUCUUCUAUGAGCAGGUCAAAUCACCAUGUUGUUUUUGUGACUGUUUAUUUGUUUUGAGGAUGUGUUGGUUAGAGCAACUGAUUUGCAUCAGGUUAUAGAAUCUGUCUCACAAUGCAAAUGAUCCUAUCUGACGUCACACAAGAGGAAGUUAAAUGAGAGCGUUUGUCCAGGAAUUGGGUCAUAAAGUAGAGAGAGGAUCAAAUGCACACAUACAUGUGUUUUAGCCCUGCGUAUCCACAAUGUUCUGGUUCAGGUUAUUUGUCACUAUCAUGAGCUUAUUUUGCCCAUGUUCGGGAGACGAUGGCUUUCUGCAUGCAUAUUCUCCGGGGGAUAUCGUCAUUGGAGGACUUUUCCCUAUUCACUUAAACACUAAUAGAACAACAACGCCUGGACCAGUCUCCUGUAGUGACUAUGAUUUCCAAAUGUUCCUACGAACUCAAGUGAUGAUAUACGCCAUCAGAGAAAUAAACCAGCACACACCAAGGGUUCUACCCAACAUCACCAUUGGAUAUGACAUCUAUGACACUUGUGGAGAUGUCACCUUGGCCAUCAGAGCUACACUCCAGCUGCUGCAGGGCCAGUCAGACCCUCAGAGCUGUUUACUACCUGAAAACAUUCAAUCUGCUUUACCUGAACCCAAAACAAAGGUAGUGAUUGGUGAGAGGUUUUCUGAAGUGUCAACAGCUGUUGCACGAGUUGUUUCUCUGGCAUCAGUUACCCAGAUUAGUUAUGCAUCGACGAGCGAGCUGCUCAGCAAGAAGCUGAAGUUCCCCACUUUUCUGAGAACAAUAUCAAGUGAUGAAUAUCAGACAAAGGCCAUUGCUGAGCUGGUGAAGCAGUUUAAUUGGAAAACAGUGGCCAUUGUAGGAAGUGAUGAUGAGUAUGGGAAGUACGGCAGUGAUCAACUUACAGACAAUUUAAAUGAAAUGAAGGACAUCUGCAUUGAAUUCAUUGACAUAUUGCCUGGUUACUUUGCCCAGAACACAUCCCAAGCCCAUAAGAAGUUGGAUGAACUGGUGAACAAAAUCAAAAAAUCCUCUGCUGAAGCCAUCAUCAUGUUCACCGAGGGUGGCAAUGUUAAUGUCAUUAUGGAAAAAGCUAUUCAACUCAACCUCAACAGAACUUGGAUUGCAAGUGAUGCAUGGUCUACCUCGUCAAAGAUCUCUGCGAUGCCAGGCAUUGAGAUGGCCGGGCAGGUUUAUGGUUUCACCUCUAAGAGGAAUGAGGUGCCUGGUUUUAAGGACUACGUCAUGUCAAUGUUCAAUGGAACCACCAAUGACAUUCUUGAACAUUAUCUGACUCACUAUUCAUGUGCGAAUCAGUCUGAGAACAGAGAGAAUAACUGCUUGUUAACUAACAGCCAACAAGGGUCAAAGCAAUGUCUGGACCCAAACUGCUUGCCCCAUUACAUCGACCACGAUGAAUCAUACAAUAUCUACUUAGCCGUCCAAGUCAUUGUUGAAGGUCUCAGACGCUUGCUGAAAUGCGACAACCAACAGUGUCAACAAAGUGCCAAAUUUACAGCCUUGGAGCUUCUCACAGAAAUCAGGAAAGUCAACUUCACUGUGAACACCAUGCGUAUAUUCUUUGACCCCAAUGGAGACCCCAGUUUUGGAUAUGAUAUUGUAUAUUGGAACAUGACUGGAUCCACACAGCGCACACACAUAAAAACCAUUGGAGAGUACUGGCCAGACAGAAAAAUUCAAGUCCCAGAUGAUCUUGUUGAAAAAAUGAGCAAUGUAACGGUUAGUGCUUACAACUGCUCUAAAACGUGUAAACCGGGACAAGAGUUGAAAAAGCAAAAUGACCAGUGCUGUUAUCAGUGUGUUCAAUGUGCAGAUGGAGACUUUUCCUUGGGAGGCCGUGAGGAAUGUAAAAGCUGCAGGGAGAAUCAGUACUCAUCUCCACAAAAGAAUGAGUGUUUGAAUAAAACUGUUGAAUUUUUAGAUUGGCCAGAUCCUGUCAUUAUAUUUUUGAAUUCAAUAGAUAUCUUGGGGAUCAUCAUUACCAUUGUGUUUGCUAUUUUGUUUACAGUCUAUCGUAGUACUCCCAUUGUAAAGGCGGUUGGAGGUUACUUGUGUUUCUUGGAGCUUUUUUCCUUGCUGGCCUGCUUCUGCCUUACAUUUAACUUCAUAGGGAAACCCACUAAGGCUUCCUGCAAGUUAGGCCUGCCUUUCUUCGGUAUAGCCUUUUCCCUCUGCAUCUCCUGCAUUCUGGCCAACCUGCUCCAAAUCCUAGUAGGCUUCAACUUUGACCUGAAGAUAGGGUCCUGGCUGAAGAAGCUCAAUCAGCCGCUGGCUGUGGUGGUUAUCGUCUCAGGGAUCCAGUUGGCGCUAUGUGUACUAUGGCUGUAUAACCCCCCAGUUCCAGGAGAACAAAUAUUGAGCAAGAGCAUCCUGCUGCAGUGUCAGAAAGGCUCCACUGGGCUUUUUGUAGCCAUGUUAGGCUACAACGCUCUCUUGGCCAUCAUCUGUUUCCUGUUUGCAUUCAAAGGAAAGCAGUUGCCAGAUUUGUAUAAAAAUGCAAGUUUAAUCACCAUCAGUAUGCUGCUGUUUUUAGUCAUUUGGAUCAUCCUCAUCCCUAUUUAUCUCAAUUUGAUUGGGAAAUACAAACAAGCAAUUGAAAGCGCUGCCAUUCUCAUUUCUAGCUACAGCAUCCUCGGCUGUCACUUGGCCCCCAAGUGUUACAUUAUGGUGUUCAAGAAGGAGAUUAAUAAUGAGAACGCCAUUACUGAGUACAUUAGGAAGCAUUAUGAGCAGAAAGGCAUUACUGUGGUGAAAUCCUAAUCUCAUAUGCAAAUCCAUAAAUUCUUUUCAGGUGCUGGGUAAUUAUCAUCUGAGCAGAAAGACUUUCUGUAUGUGCAUCUCUCUCAGACUGUUACUGUAACGUGUGUUGAUGUGUCGUCACACAUGGUAUGUACAAUAUGUAUUUGUGCUACAUGUAUCCUGACAUAUGGAAGUAUUUACUGCAGAUUUUGUUAUUUGUAUACAGAUCAGAGGUUUCCAAGGUUGUGUCAAUAAUCCAUUUGUUGGCAAAACUCCUACUUCACUGCUGUUACAACUAGAGAUGCACCGAUACUGAUACUGAUAUCGAUCCAAUACUGACUCAGAUAGCUUGAUUGAGUAUGGGUGACAUGGGCCGAUCUAUGUCAAAUACCAUUAUUUUAAUAAAUAACGAUUCAGUAAAUUUAUAUCUAUGUAUUUAUUUGUUACAUUUUGUUUUACAAAGUUAGGAAUGCAAUGUUUUUGCCUUGCACGUAAAAAAAAAAGAUCCCAGUCUCUUCCAGUGAGGCAUACAGCUUAUUAAUCAGACACUGGUAUCAGAUAUGUACUCAGUAUUGGCUGAUACCCAAAGCCCAGGUAUCAGUAUCAGUAUCGGGACUAAAAAAGUCGUAUCAGUGCAUCCCUAGUUACAACCACUGCUACUAAAUCAUGAGAUGUUUUGUAAAGACAUUGAGCUUUUGCAUAUGAUCCUUACUGACAUAAAUUGCGACAAACGACGUUUUAAACUUUGAAUAAGAGACUUUAGUGCAAAUGCAAGGUAAUAUUUUGACCCACUUGUAAAUAUGCAUAUUGUGUAUUUUUUUUUUUACAUUUUCAGUCAUAUUGUCUUUCAGAUAGAAGUACUCAGACAAUCGUAUGUAUGAUAUAUAUAUGUGAUGUGAUCACCCUGAUUAACUCAUGACUGUAUGAUAGUUUACAGUUUUUAUUUGAGUGUAUACAGAAACUGAAGUGAGUGUUUUAGUGCACCAAAUAUCUGAGCAUGAACGUUGCUUGAGAAAUUCAUUAGUGUGUGUUGAUAGUAUGCUGGAAUGAAAAAUCAAUUACUUUGCAUGUGUUUGAAGCAGGGUUGAGUGUGAAGGGAAAUAACUGUGAAAUUUAUCUAUGCCACAACUGAGAUCAUUGAAGGCACCUCAACUGUAUAUGCCAAAUUGAGAAUGUGGAAGAUUAAAUCAGUUCCUUUUACAAACACUAGAUGGGGCUCUUGAAACAUCCUGUAAAUAGAUUCCAUAAAGAUCCCCUCCAGACAUGUAUAAAUACACAUCAUUGUUCCAAGC